AUGCCUUCUCAAGCCGCCCCCCCAACCAACCACCCCCCUCUUCCGGCCCCCACCACCGCCAAAAUCAUCCUCAUCGCCCUCGCAGGCCUCGCCCUCAGCCUCGCCCUCACCACACUCAUCUUCUUCGUCGCUCGUCGUCUCUCCCGCCACGCAGGUGACAACAACGGCGACGACGACCUGGAGGGGGGACGCGGGCGGCGGCGGUGUCGCGAGGAAGAGGCCCGACGCCGUCCGGCCGUCACCACCGUCGCCGGCGAGCGCUUUGUGCGGCAGCACGUGGUAGGAGGUGUGCGUCGGCAGGGAGGGGGAGAGGGGGGGUUCGUGGUCGGGGUCGGAGGAGGUGGUGGUGGUGGUGGUGAUGAGGGCGCGGGUGCUGGGAGAGAUCUCGAAGUUUUGAAUUAUCAGCUCCGAUUUCUCUAA